AUGAAGUUCGUGUACAAAGAGGAGCAUCCAUUCGAGAAGCGCCGCUCUGAGGGCGAGAAGAUCCGAAAGAAAUACCCGGACCGGGUCCCGGUGAUAGUAGAGAAGGCUCCCAAACCUCGGAUAGGAGAUGUGGACAAAAAGAAAUACCUGGUGCCUUCUGAUCUCACAGUUGGUCAGUUCUACUUCUUGAUCCGGAAGCGAAUACAUCUCCGAGCUGAAGAUGCCUUGUUUUUCUUUGUCAACAAUGUCAUUCCACCCACCAGUGCCACAAUGGGUCAGCUGUACCAGGAACACCAUGAAGAAGACUUCUUUCUAUACAUUGCCUACAGUGAUGAAACUCGCAACAGGAAGGAGCCCUUUUCCCUUCCACUGGGGGAAGGGAGACAGACAGCGGGCCUGGGACUCUCUGGGGCACAAAGGCUCAGAAUCUCGGAUUUCACGUACCCGCAGCCACUCACUGAACGUCAAGACCUCAGUUCAGACAAGAGCCACAAUCUGAAGAGACUCUCCGAGUUUCUGGAUGCCAGGGGCGAGUGCCAGCCUGAUUCACCGCUGUUCCAGGGAGCCAGAGGGGUCAGAGACCAAAGUCCCAAAAUCCCAGAUAAAAGCACUCACACCUCACUUCGCUUGGAAGCACUUCCGGGAGCAGCUGGGCGGGCCACCAAGGACGGUGGGCGGGAUGGGGCCGGGCCACGGAAAUGA